AAGAGACCUACACUGGACAGAAUGUUCGCUUCGACGUCACAAAGAAAUGAUGAUGGUUUGCGGGCGUCUUACAAUAUCUCGUUACUUAUAGCAAAAUCCGGAAAACCGCAUACUAUCGGAGAGAACUUAAUUUUGCCAGCCGUUGAAGAGGUUUUAAAAACUGUUUUACACAAACCUGCAUCUGAUAUCAUUAAAAGAAUUCCCUUAAGCAACAAUACUGUUGAAAGACGUAUUGAUGAAAUGAGUUCUGAUAUUGAAAGCUUCUUAUGUAAUUAUUUGCAAACGGCCCAUUUCUCUAUACAACUGGACGAGUCAACUUUACCUGAUAAUGCAGCAUUAUUAUUGGCAUAUGUUCGUUUUAUUAUGAAUCAAGAAAUCUUCGAAGAACUGCUCUUCGCAAGAACUUUGAUAACCGACACUAAAGAUUUUGAAUCUAGGUUUGAGGAUAUUUUGACUAUGGUAAUACCACCGUGGAUAAUUAAUCCAUAUGGUGACAUAGAAGAAACGAAUGUCAUAAUACAAGAGGAAGUGACUGAACCAAGUACAAACGAAGAACUUAAGGUUCAGUGUAAAAACGGAUAUCAGCAAUUCUGGCUGCAAAACAACAUACCCGUUACUUAUCCCAACGAAAACAGCAGGAAAAGUCAAUAUGCCCAAUAUGACAAAGGCUUCUCUGCAGUCCUCGCGAAAAUAUAA